GUCACCAACGUCCCCAGCAGUCGAUAUCCCAGCGGGCCGAGCCGAGCGCGCUGCCGGCAUCACCGCGCCGGGAGCACCCGCUGCAUCCCUGACCCGCGGAGACCCCCGGCUGGGGGCAAGGACACGGGGACAGUGGUGGUGGCCCUGCCACCGCCCCAGCUCUGGGGACGCUUGUCCUGACACCCUGCCGGCGGCUGUGGACUUUGUGCCGAGCGCAGGAGCGGCGGUGACAGUGACAUGUCUGCCAGUGCUGGCAGAGCCCCAGAUCACCCGUGAGACCCAGCUCCGCACAGCAGCUCUGUGGUGGCUCCGCAGUGACCAGGAGGGAUCAGGGACCUGCUGGUGGCCUGGGGCAGGGCAGGACAGAACGGUGACAGGCUGCCAAGAGCCUUGUGGACACAUCCAGCAUCGUCCUGACCAUACCAGCACCCAGGAAGGAGCUGGUGGCACCAACAUGUCCCAGGCAGAAGGAGACGAGGAGACCUUCGAACACUGCGAUGUGGUCAUCAACACCCAGGACAAGGUUUCGGAUGUGUACACACAGCUGGAGAAGCUGGGAGAGGGGAAAUUUGGGACAGUGUACCGGCUGCAGGAAAAAGCCACCGGCAAAAUCCGUGCUGGGAAAUAUUUCCGGACGCGGACAGCCAAGGAGAAGCAGGCGGCUCGGGCCGAGGUGGAGCUCAUGAACCUGCUGCAUCACCCGCGCCUCGUGCAGUGCCUCGCGGCCUUCCAGCGCUCCGCCGAGCUCGUCAUGAUCAUGGAGUACGUGGCGGGUGGGGAGCUCUUUGAGCGCAUCGUGGACGAUGACUUUGAGCACACGGAGCCCAGCAGCACCCAGUACGUGCGGCAGAUCCUGGAGGGGCUGCAGUUCAUGCACGGCCAGGCUGUUGUCCAUCUCGACCUCAAACCUGAGAACAUUGUUUGUGUCAGCCCGGGCAGCCACUGGAUCAAGAUCAUCGACUUUGGCUUGGCGAAGAAGCUGGCUCCAGACACCCCCGUGACGGUGUUGUACGGCACCCCCGAGUUCAUGGCUCCUGAAGUGGUUGCCUUUGAGCCCGUGGGCUUCACCACGGACAUGUGGAGUGUUGGUGUCAUCUGCUACAUCCUGCUGAGCGGGGAGUCCCCAUUCCAAGGGGACAAUGACAUGGAGACGCUGAGCAACAUCACAGCUGCCCAGUGGGACUUUGAGGAGGAGACCUUCUCGGAGAUCUCCCAACAAGCCAAGGACUUCAUCUGUCAACUGCUGCAGAAGGAUCCCCGCCACCGUCUGUCCAGCGCGGGGGCUCUGCUGCACCCCUGGCUGCAGCAGCCCCAGCCCAGCAACACCAAGGUCCUGUCCAAGGAGAGGAUCAAGCAGUUCCUGACGCGUCGGAAGUGGCAGAAAACAGGCAAAGCUCUGCUGGCCCUCAACAGGUUGACCCUGCUGUCCCAGAACCCAGAGAGGAAAGUGUCAGAGAGUCAGGAUGAGGAAGAUCUGGGCCGCAGCCUGGAGGACCAAACCUCUGGGUCUCUGCCCCAACGAGGACACAGUUUCUCAGAGCUGGUGGACCAAAAGGAGGAGGAAGAUGUGAGCUCUGUGGCUGCAGGAGAAGCAGAGACGAGUGGCAGUGUGUCCGUGCCACCCCAGCCCAGGCCCACCUAGAGCAGCUGGUGUGAGAGGAGCAGGGAGCGAUGGGGAUGAAACCUCCUCCAGCAGCUCCCACCAUGACCCCACCAGCAUGGGGUAGACCCAGACCCCAGCGUCCUCUCCUGUGGAUGAGCUCUGGUGUCCCACAGUGUCCCUGUGCUGGUGUGGGGACAGCCAUGCCUGGUGUCCCCAGCAAGGAGCCAGUGCUUCUGUCUGCAUGGCCACCUGGGGUCGACAUUCACCAAUAAAGCACUGAGGAUCUCUGCA